UAUUGUUUUGCCCUCUCCCUCCGCCAGUGAACUCCAAUAGCAAAAGAAAAAGCAAAAAGUUAUCAUCUCUCAGUAAUCAGAUAUCGCAAAAAUAAGCAAUGAUAAUUCGAAUCCCUCUCUCCCAGCAAUCCGCUUCAAGGUACGUUUCACCACUCUCAUUUCUGACCUUCAAUUUCUUUUGCUCUGAUUCGAACCCUCCCCUAAACAAUGACGUCGACACCGUCUACCGCAUAAUAUCUAGCUCUACCUCUUCAGAAAACCUGACCCAAUCCUUAAAAUCAACUGGGGUUUUUCUCUCAAACGAUUUAAUCGACAAAGUGCUGAAAAGGUUCAGGUUUAGCCAUGGCAAUCCUUUGCACGCGUUUGACUUCUUUCAGUAUACAGGAAAAAGAAAAGGGUUUUAUCACACCGCCUUUUCUUUGGAUACCAUGCUUUAUGUUCUGGGCAGGAGCAGGAAAUUUGAUAAAAUUUGGGAGGUUUUAAUUGAUAUUAAGAGAAAAGAUCAGUCUUUGAUAACCCCUAGAACCAUGCAAGUCGUUUUAGCUAGAAUUGCUAAGGUUUGUUCAGUUAGAGAGACUGUAAUAAGUUUCUGGAGGUUUAAGAAACUUGUUUCUGAAUUCGAUAUUUCUUGCUUUAAUGCUUUAUUAAGGACAUUGUCCCAAGAGAAAAGUAUGACGGAUGCUAGGAAUGUUUAUCAUAGUUUAAAACAUGAUUUUAGGCCAAAUUUGCAGACUUUUAAUAUACUUUUGUCUGGAUGGAAGUCCUAUGAGGAAGCUGAGGGAUUUUUUGAUGAAAUGAAGGAAUUGGGUGUUAGACCGGAUGUAGUUUCAUAUAAUUGCUUAGUUGAUGUGUAUUGCAAGAAUAGGGAAAUUGAUAAAGCUUACAAGGUUGUUGACAAGAUGAGAAAUGAGGAACUGUGGCCCGAUGUGAUCACGUAUACGAGUAUUAUCGGCGGUUUAGGAUUGGUCGGUCAGCCCGACAAAGCUAGAGAUAUUUUGAAGGAAAUGAAGGAGCAUGGAUGUUACCCCGAUGUUGCAGCGUAUAAUGCCGCCAUUAGAAACUAUACCAUUGCAAAGAGGCUUGGUGAUGCUUUUAGUUUGAUGGAUGAAAUGGACGGAAAGGGUUUGAGUCCCAAUGCAACUACUUACAAUCUGUUCUUUAGGGUCUUUUAUUGGUCGAAUGAUUUGAGAAGCUCGUAUAGUUUGUAUCAGAGGAUGAUGUAUUCCGGGUGCCUGCCGAAUACACAAUCUUGUAUGUUUCUAAUCAGGUUGUUUAGGAAGCAUGAAAAGGUGGAAAUGGCACUGCAGUUGUGGAAUGACAUGGUGGAGAAAGGUUUUGGGUCUUAUGUUUUGGUAUCUGAUGUGCUGUUUGAUCUGCUUUGUGAUAUGGGGAAGCUGGUGGAAGCGGAAAAGUGUUUCUUGGAGAUGAUAGAGAAGGGUCAUAGGCCUAGCAAUGUUUCUUUCAGGAGGAUCAAGGUGCUCAUGGUAUUGGCAAAUAAGCACGAGGCAAUUCGGAACUUAAAAGAGAAGAUGUCCAUUUUUGGGCCUUCGAUCCAACUUUCCGGAGACGGUAAGAAUCACACGGAAGCAAUAGAUUUAGAUUCACUCAACGUUAAUCAUGUCAGAGCUAAAUAAUGCAAUAACCAUUGCGGUUGAUUUUUUCCGAGAGAGGCUUUUCUAAACCAUCAAGACGGUGCAGCAUAUCCA